AUUCCACCAAGAAAAUUAAGGAUGUCUUAGAAGAGUUCCAUGGCAGUGGUGUGUUAGCAAAAUAUAAUCCUGAAGGGAAACAAGAUAUACUUAAUCAAACAAUUGAUUUAGAGGGGUUCAAGCUGUUCAUGAAGACGUUUCUGGAGGCAGAGCUACCAGAUGAUUUCAUUGAGCAUCUUUUUACAUCAUUUAGCAACAAAAUCUCUCACUGCAGCCCGUUAAUAAAAGGCAAACCCCAGCACCUCUCUGGAGUUAAGGUGUCUGAAGAGAGAUGGAAACAAAUGCCUGGUCUGAGACUUAAUAAGGGUACCUCUACAUCCCGACCUCCUACUCCUGCCAACUUACAUUUACCAGACAUGAUCCAGCUGAAGGAUAUUGUUUGCUACUUGUCAUUGCUAGAAAGAGGAAGACCUGAAGACAAGCUAGAAUUUAUGUUUCGCUUGUAUGAUACAGAUGGGAAUGGAUACCUGGAUAGUUCGGAGCUGGAAAAUAUAAUUGCUCAAAUGAUGCAUGUUGCAGAAUACCUCGAAUGGGAUGUUACUGAACUGAGCCCAAUCCUUCAUGAAAUGAUGGAAGAAAUUGACUACGAUCAUGAUGGCACUGUUUCUCUAGAAGAGUGGAUCCAAGGAGGAAUGACAACAAUCCCACUCUUGGUCCUACUUGGGUUAGAGAAUAAUGUGAAAGAUGAUGGGCAGCAUGUAUGGAGACUGAAACACUUUAACAAGCCUGCUUACUGUAAUCUUUGUUUGAACAUGCUAAUCGGAGUAGGCAAGCAAGGCCUCUGCUGUUCCUUUUGCAAGUAUACAGUCCAUGAGCGCUGUGUCUCAAGAGCUCCUGCAUCUUGUAUCAAAACAUAUGUGAAGUCCAAAAAGAAUACUGAUGUAAUGCAUCAUUUCUGGGUAGAAGGAAAUUGUCCAACAAAAUGUGAUAAGUGUCACAAAACUAUAAAAUGUUACCAAGGCUUGACUGGACUUCACUGUGUUUGGUGUCAGAUCACACUGCAUAACAAAUGUGCUUCACAUCUAAAACCUGAAUGUGACUGUGGACCUUUGAAGGACCAUAUUUUACCACCCACAUCAAUCUGCCCUGUAGUAUUGACGCUACCCACGUUAGGAGGUUUGCUCCCUGAGGAAAGACAGGCAACAGUGAAAAAAGAAAAGAGUUGCCCACAGCAAAUGAACAAACUAGGAGAGCGGAACAAAAUGCAAAGAGCAAAUUCUGUCACCGUAGAUGGACAAGGUCUUCAGAUCACUCCAGUUCCAGGCACUCAUCCACUUUUAGUUUUUGUCAAUCCUAAAAGUGGUGGGAAACAAGGAGAAAGAAUUUAUAGAAAAUUUCAGUACCUUUUAAAUCCUCGUCAAGUUUAUAGUCUUUCUGGAAAUGGACCAAUGCCAGGGUUAAAUUUUUUCCGAGAUGUUCCUGACUUCAGAGUGCUAGCAUGUGGUGGAGAUGGAACAGUAGGCUGGAUUUUGGAUUGCAUAGAGAAAGCGAACUUGAUUAAGCAUCCUCCAGUUGCUAUCCUGCCUCUUGGGACUGGCAAUGAUUUAGCAAGGUGUCUGAGAUGGGGAGGAGGUUAUGAAGGUGAGAAUUUGAUGAAUAUCUUAAAAGACAUUGAGAACAGCUCUGAGAUUUUGCUGGACAGGUGGAAAUUCGAAGUAAUACCAAACGAUAAAGAUGAGAAAGGAGACCCAGUGCCUUACAACAUCAUCAAUAACUACUUUUCUAUUGGUGUG